AUGGAUAUUCUUUCUUUAUUGAUCACUGUUCCAUGUAUACUUAUCCUCUUUCUCAGAGUUUCCACAGCAGUUGAUACCAUUCAUAUGUCUCAGUCCAUUAGUGAUGGCAUGACCCUAGUUUCCCGAGGUGAAACAUUUGAACUUGGUUUCUUCAGUCCCGAGAACUCCAACAAACGUUACCUUGGAAUUUGGUACAAGAACAUUCCACUUACGACAGUUGUUUGGGUUGCAAAUGGUGCCAUCAAUGAUUCCUCAGGCACCUUAACACUGAACAGCACAGGCAACCUUAUUCUCAGACAACAUGACAAGGUUGUUUGGUUGACAACAUCUGAGAAACAAACACAAAAUCCAGUGGCACAGCUUCUAGAUUCAGGGAACCUUGUGGUUAGAGAUGAGAAUGAUGCAAACCCAGAUGCUUAUUUGUGGCAAAGUUUUGAUUACCCUUCAGAUACAACACUGCCAGGGAUGAAGUUGGGAUGGAACCUCAAGACUGGUCAAGAAUGGAGAAUGACAUCUUGGAAGAGUCCUAAUGAUCCCUCCCCUGGAGACUUCUAUUGGGGCCUUUUGCUUCAUAAUUAUCCUGAGUUUUAUCUAAUGAAGGGAACACAAAAGUUUGUGAGAAUUGGACCCUGGAGUGGCCUAUAUUUCAGUGGUAUACCAGAUCAAAAGCCUAACCCCAUUUAUGAUUUCAACUACAUAUCCAAUAAGGAUGAGAUUUACUACAAUUAUAGUCUUGUGAAUGAAGCUGUGAUCUCAAGAUUGGUCAUGAAUCAAACCACUUCGACUUGUACGCGAUACGUAUGGAUGGAGGAUGAUCAAAUCUGGAAGGUAUAUAAAUCACUGCCAAAAGACAAUUGUGACUUUUAUGGCACCUGUGGAGCCUAUGGGGCUUGCACGAUUGCAGGCUCCCAAAUAUGCGAAUGUUUAGAAGGGUUUAGUCCUAAGUCACCACAAGCAUGGAACUCAUCUGAUUGGACUGAAGGAUGUGUCCGCAAUAAACCACUAAACUGCACUAACAAACUCAAGGAUGGAUUUAUGAAAGUGGAAGGAGUAAAAGUGCCAGAUACUACACAUACUUUAGUAGAUGAGACAAUUGGCCUAGAAGACUGCAGAGUCAAGUGCUUGAAUAAUUGUUCUUGUAUGGCUUAUACUAACUUUGACAUAAGAGGAAAAGGUAGUGGCUGUGUCAUGUGGUUUGGCAAUCUAAUUGAUAUUAGGCAGUUUGAUAAUCAGGGGCAGGAUCUGUAUAUUCGAAUGGAUGCUUCAGAAUUGGGAGAACAAGAUGGGCGUAGGAAGUAUGUGAUGAUAAUAGUUGGUACCACCAUUGCUGCAAUAUCAGUGAUGAUUUUUAUUGGAUGUUGUCGUAUCUACAUUGUCCGGCCCAUGAAUUCGCAAAUUCUAUUAGGUGAUCAAAAUAGAGGAGGUAACGAGGAUGAUCUCGACCUGCCACUGCUUGACCAUUCAACAGUAGUCACUGCCACAGAUAACUUCUCAAUAAAGAACAAGAUUGGAGAAGGUGGUUUUGGACCUGUAUACCAGGGAAGAUUGGUAAGUGGACAAGAAAUUGCUGUGAAGAGGCUUUCAAGAAGUUCAGGACAAGGAAUGACAGAGUUUAAGAAUGAAGUAAAACUGAUAGCAAAACUUCAACACCGAAAUCUUGUCAAGCUUCUUGGUUGUUGCCUUCAGGAACAAGAUAGAAUGCUGGUUUAUGAAUACAUGACUAACCGUAGUUUGGAUCGGUGGAUUUUUGAUGAUACAAAAAGCAAAUUGUUAGAUUGGCCUAAGCGCUUCAACAUUAUCUGUGGAAUUGCUAGAGGUCUUCUCUAUCUUCAUCAAGAUUCUAGAUUGAGGAUAAUUCAUAGAGACCUUAAAGCAAGCAACGUUUUGCUUGAUGACCAGAUGAACCCAAAAAUAUCUGAUUUUGGCAUUGCCAGAAUUUUUGGAGGAGAUCAGACAGAAGGAAAUACUACAAGAGUAGUUGGAACUUAUGGUUACAUGGCACCAGAAUAUGCUGCUGAUGGACUAUUUUCUAUAAAAUCUGAUAUUUUUAGCUUUGGUAUUCUACUGCUGGAGAUAAUAAGUGGAAAGAGAAGUAGAGGUUUCUAUCUUGACAGCCACUCUCCUAACCUUGUCACUCAUGCAUGGAGUCUGUGGAAAGAGGGAAGGCCAUUAGAAAUGUUUGACUCAGACAUAGAAGAUUCUUGUGUUCUAUCAGAGGUAUUGCGAUGCAUCCAUGUAAGUCUUUUAUGUGUCCAACAACAUCCAGAGGAUAGGCCUGUCAUGCCUUCUGUGGUUCUAAUGUUAGGGAGUGAUAGUGAAUUAGCUGAGCCAAAACAACCUGGUUUCUAUGUAAAGAAUGAUUCAACUGCAACAACUUCUUUCACUGGUCGAAGUGAUGUGAUCUCAACCAAUGAAAUGACUAUCACCUUGUUAGAAGCCAGAUGA